AUAGUAAUAACAAAGAAUUGACAGAAAUCAUACAAUAACAACAACAACAACAAAAAGUCAGACAAAAUGUUGAAAUCAUUUAAAAUUUACACCUGCACAAACGGUUCGCUGGGCCUUCAUCUGAGUCGGGCACCCUGGGAUCCCUAUCCGUGGGUGAGCAGCAUUCAAAAGGAUUCGAACUCAUACAAGGCUGGUCUACGCAUCGGCGAUUGUCUGCUCGAGCUAAACGGCAACGAUGUUCUGGGCCUGAAAAUCUCCGAGAUUGCAGCGCUCUUAAAAAAUCAUUGGCUGAACGAAAGCAGUAAUCAUGUCAGCGUUGUAAUAUGGCGUAAGAAAGCCAAAGAUAACUCUGACACCGAAGAAGACGACGACGAAGAUGAGGAAAACAAUGCGCAUAACAUUAAUCAGCAAUCGUUGCAAAAGUUUGCAACUUGCCUGCAACAUAUUGCCCAAUUAUUGGAAUGUCCUGUUUGUUUGGAGGUUGUAAAACCACCUGGCUGGCAGUGCUGCAACGGUCAUGUUCUCUGCAAUAAUUGCCGCAGUCGCUCAGAAAAAUGUCCAGUUUGUCGGGUGCCAUUGGGACCACGGGGUAGAUGUUUGCUGUCGGAUAAGUUAUUUACAUUGCUGGCGGAUAGUUUUCCCUGUGAUGGAGUGCGCAACAAUAAAAGCUCGCCGAAAGAUAGAAGGAAGUGUAGCACGGAAUUUCAUAAUCAACCAAAGUUGGCCAUUGAGUCCAAGCAGCAGCAACAGUGCCAAGAUGAAGAUGAAGUUAAGGCCAAAGAUAUCAAGAAGACGGAACAUGAUUCCAUUUUAAGCUCUUUGCGUAUGGGUCGACGAAGACGUACCAAAACGAAAAAAGUGGAGGAAACGGAAAGCAAUGUUGAGGAGGAGGGACGACAGGAAAACAAACGGCCACAUCAUUCAAUGGUAGGGCAGCAGCAACAGCAACAGCACCAACACCAGGGAUUGUUCGAAGCUACAAAUGCUGUUGUUGUUAAUGUGUCAGUAGUGAACACUGAGCUUGGUAACAACAACAGCAACAACAACAUCAGCAGCAGGAAGUCAUCACAAGAUUACAGGGAUGGUGUUACGACAACAGCAACAUCAAUGACAGUCCAGGUGCCGGUCCGGUCCAUUGUUGAAAAGCAUCCAACCUUUGCUAGCAAUGAAUUGGCUGUCCAAACUGCAGCAGCAGCAGCCGGAGCAAAAUGUCAUUGCAGAGAGUGUUAUAAGCCAGAUAAAGUUGCAAUUGUAAAUAAUGUUGCAAUAACAACAACACCUACACCAAAUAAAUAUAUAUUACGAGUUUAUGAAGAAGCCAGAGCUCAUCAAGGACUGCAGAAGCAGCAGCAUCAGCAUCAAAAGCAAUAUUAUCAGUGCCCAACUGGGAAAUUAUGUUGCUUGCAACAGAACGUGAUGCCCCAAGCAGAUGAAGCAACUGAAGUUAUGGCCUCAACUCAACAACACCAACCAGGACAACUACAACAAAUGACUAAUGGUAAUUUGUCAACAAGACAAACAACAUCAGACAACACCCCAACCAUCACCAAAAUUCUGCACAACGAAUGGCAACUGCUAACCCAUUUGACUCAGGAUCAUCAGUUGGCUGUUAAUCAGUAUUAUGCUGAGUUUGGUCAGCGUAUAACCAUUCGCCACGAUGCCCUGCAGCAGAGCAUAAUCUGCCUAAAUCUGCGAGCCAAUGAAUCCGCCACCACCACCACCACCGCACCAGCUCAAAUGGAAAAAUUCUUUGUGGCCUUUGUGCCCAUGUCCUGUGACAAUGGGGCAGCAGGGUAUGUUUUGGCCACAUCCAGCCACAGUAACCACAACAGUUCCUUGGAAAACAACAGCAACAGCUUGAAUGUUGCAAACUCCUCCAAUCCCUCCCUAGCCACCACCAAAGUAGCGAUUUUCAUUUGGCACAUGAAUCCGUUACACCAACAAGCCAAUGACCAUCUCUCGCGAGAGGAUGCUUCAAAGCAAUCCCACAUUGAUGCUGGCGACGAUGAUGAGGUCAGCAAUUUUGAUGCGAUUAUAGAAAAUCCCAAAACGGGCAUCAAAUGGUUUGGUCGGGCUCAUUGUUUAACCACACCAUGGUCCCACAUCUACCAUAAACAACAUUUUCUUAUGCACCAAGUGCUGGAUGGGGUGCAGGCGGGAGGUGCUGGCGGAGACUCAUUUGUGAUUGUUAUCAAAACGAAAUCCUAGUGUCCGUCACUCGAAAAAUAUUUACAAUGGGAAUUUGUUUUCUUCGUCGUUGUGUCAUCUCUGACAGCAAAAUCGAUCAAAGUUGUUGCGACGAGAAGUUGCAAGAGUACUUCAACGAAAUCGACGAUGUGACCUUCAGUUUAUACUAUGGUGAUAUUAUGAUAUUUAUAAUAUAUAUUUUUUUAUUAUGAAACGUUUUAUUUUGUAAGUCAAAUGCGAUAGUUUUUGAACAGUAAGCUAUUAAAAUAUUGAA